GUACAUACAAUUUCUAGCAACCCCAAAACAUCUCCUCUCCCAUUCCCCUCUCCACCGCCGCGGCGGCUACGGCCAACCGAAGCUUCAACCAUGGCAGAAAGAGAGCAAGUUAGGCCAUUAGCCCCGGCGUCUGAAAGAACUAGCAGUGACGAUGAAGAAACCGCCCUACAAAACGUCAAAAACCUCAAAAAAAGAAGAUGCAUCAAGUGCUGCGGUUGCAUAUCAGCCGUUCUCCUCAUUCAAGCAGCCGUAGUUCUCAUCUUAAUCUUCACAGUAUUCAAAAUUAAAGACCCCAUCAUAAGAAUGAACAACGUUAUCAUCACGAAAAUCGAACCAAUCAACGCAACCAUGCCACUGCCCCGGCCCGGCUCCAACAUGUCCAUAACGGCAGAUAUUUCCGUCAAGAAUCCUAACUAUGCGUCCUUCAAGUACCCGAACACAACCACCACUCUUUUCUUCCAUGGGACCGUGAUCGGAGAUGCCCGGGGUCCACCCGGGAAGUCGAAGGCACGACGAACGACGCGUAUGAAUAUAACAGUAGAUAUUAUUGCUGAUAAAAUUCUGUCACACCCUAGUUUGGGUGCUGAUAUAAGUUCUGGUUUGAUUGCUAUCGACAGUUAUACUAUAGUAGGUGGACGAGUGAAGAUAAUCAAUAUCAUUAAGAAACAUGUUACUGUGAAGAUGAAUUGUACUGUGAGUAUUAAUAUUACAACCAGAGCAAUUCAAGAACAGAAGUGCAAGAGGAAAGUCGACCUUUAGAUGGUGAGCUUCAUAUACAUAUAUUUAUUGAACACGGGCAUAAAAUGAUUCAUGUAGUCGACUUUAAAUUUAUUGGGAAUUUGUUGUUGACUUGUUUUAGCAUGUAUAUAGCAAUACAGCUGCCUAUUAUUGUGAUUA